AUGAUUCGUUUAACGAACCUCUGGAAGUGCGUGAUUGCCGAAUUCAUCGCUACAACAACACUUUUGCUCUUUGGCACGACAACUAACGCUCAAUUCACGCUGGGAAAGGGGAAAUCGGGCGAUUGGUUGGCGUUGUGCUUCGGAUGGGCAAUCGGCUUAACGCUGAGCGUUCAAUUGGCGUGGAGGAUAUCGGGCUCACAUCUCAAUCCAGCCGUUUCCCUCUUUGCGUGGAGCACAAAGCAAAUCUCGUUCAAGAGAUUUCUCCUUUAUUCCCUUGCUCAAAUCGCUGGGGCCUACUGUGGAGCCGGAUUGACUUUUCUGGAGUAUAGAGAGGGAAUCCAGUCAGUGGACGGUGGGAGGCGAAUGGUUUUCGGAGAAAACGGUACAGCCGGCAUUUUCACGACUUUCCCGCAAAAUUAUGUUUCGAUCACAGGUGGAUACAUUGAUCAGAUUCUCGGCACAACGAUUCUCGUCUUUUUCAUCGGUUCAAUCUGCGAUAAAAGAAACGCGAUACCGGAAUUUUUAAAGCCAGUCUUCAUCGGCGGAUUGUUGACGCUGAUCGGCAUUUGUUUAGGUAAC